AUGGUUGUCACCUACAAAAACAAUCGGCUUGUGCCAGCAAUUAUUAUCACCAUUUGUUUUUGGGUGAUAUACUAUCUCAUUGAUCCCGAUGUUAACAAUCUGGGGGAUUCGGUAGCCGGAUGGGAGUUUAGCCAGGACCCAGAACGGACAACAGCACCACCACCACUCCGGAUUCCGACAGAUCCAGCGGCCGAUCUGAUUCCAGCGGGACAAGAUUCGCCGUUUCCCGUGGCUUCCGGCGGAAACACUCAGGGCGUCCGAUUUGAGACGUAUGGGAAUCUCUCAGCAACUGACGUCUUGCUCAUCGUGAAGACGGGUAGCACAUCGAUGUGGAAGCGUUUGCUUGUGCAUUUGACAACAACACUCUCCCCAGACCGCAUCCCGUCUCAAAACACGGUCGUUUACUCGGAUUCGCCAGAGAGUAUCGGCAACGUACACAUCAUCGACGCGUUGGCAAAUAUUACCGACGUCACGAAGGCGCUGCCUGAUUUUGAUAUUUACCGCCACAACCCGGAGUAUGCCGCCCACAAUGUUUACGUGGAAGCGGCGGGCGUGGAUGGCGACAACUACGGUCCACCGGGGGGUUGGAUCGUUGACAAGUACAAGUUUAUCCCCUUGCUGCAACAUGCCGGGAACAACUGGCCCCAAGCCAAGUGGUACAUCUACAUGGAGGACGAUGCCUACCUGUUUCUUCCUAGCGUCCUGCGCUACUUAUCUGCAUUUGCGUGGCAGAAGCCGCAUUACCUCGGGAGUUAUGCCGCCAAGUCGGACAUUGUGUUUGCGCAUGGCGGCGCUGGCUUUGCCCUUUCCCGAGGCGCGUGGGAGAAGAGCUUUGGAGAGAACCCGUCGUUGUCUGAAGACUACGAAGCGUACACGGCCGCCCACUGCUGCGGCGACCAGGUGCUCGGCCAUGCGCUGAACAAGAACGGUGUGCGUUUUGGGGAAAACGACGGUGACGAGAAGUUUACCUGGGGCUUCAACCCUGUGGUACAUUGGAGGUUCGGUUUUAGCAGGUGGAAUUGGUGCAGCCCGCUCAUGUCCUGGCACAAGGUCCAUAAUCGGGAUGUAGCCCGGUACUUUGACUUUGAGAAGUCUUGGGAUUUUACGAAACCCCUCCUUCAUCGUGACUUCUUUUUGGCGAUGGUGGCCCCAAACCUGCAAGAGCGGGCCGAGUGGUGGGACAAUCAGUCAGGCUUGUUUUCGGUCACGUCGGCGAAUCAAGCCGCUCCUCCUACACCGCAAGAGGAGAAUUAUGACGUCUCGUUGUGGAAAGCCGCGUGGGUGUCAGAAGAUGCUUGCGAAGCGGCCUGCCGGUCCUGGACGGCUUGUGUCCAAUGGAGCUACGUGGAGGACUUGUGCAACAUGGACGACAAGCUGAUGAUGGGGCAGGGAUAUGCCCCCGCAAUGUCGGAAAGGAAAACAGCACUGAGGAGAACAAGCGGCUGGUUGAAGCAGAGGUUGGACAGUUGGCAUUGUGAAUGA